AAAAGCCACCGUCCCACACGUCCCGCGACCCUUUCCCUCCAUAAACUGCUUCCACUCUUCGUAUUCUCUAUUUACAGUUUCUCUAGGGGCGUCAUCUCUAUUGAAACUUCCAUCGAUGCGGAUCUUAAGGUCUGGCCGUGCUCUACCUCAGCCCCAACUCGAAACCCUAAUUUCUUCACCAGAGACUUUCCCGCCAUCCAUGUCCGAUCCAUCGGUAUUUGUCGCCAACUCUCGACGCCGACGUAGUGUGAGCUUGGCUAACAGCGUCUCUUCGCAGGUCACCGUGGCAGCUGAUGAAGGUGGCUCCAUGGGGAAGCAGGUAUUUAAGGUUUCCGUUGCUGGUUGUUCUCACGAUGCGAGGGAGGAACGACGCUUGAAGUUGCGGUCUAGGUCACGGGUUUCCCAGCAGAAUUUCAGUACUGGUUCUGAUGCUGUUGAGAAACAAGAUGAUAAGUCGGGGAGUUUGAAAGAAGGCGGGUUGGUUAAUGGGUUGGUAGGAAAAGUGGAUGUGGUUAGAGGCAUAGAUGAUGAUGAUGCGUUCAAAGCCAUUGAAUCGCCUUCAGGGGUUGUGGUUCGAUCUGUUGAUCGGCAUUUGGCGGAGGAGGGAGAGAAGAAGGGGGAGGCUUGUCUCGCUGCCCCAAUGGAGGUCGGUUACAUGAGCUUGCGAUCUGGGUCUAGGGUUCCUAAGAGAAAGAUUGGAGAUGUUUGUGUUGAUUCGGUAUUGGUUAGUGAGAAUGUUGAUAGGUUUUCGGGCAGAGAAGCAAAAAGAAUGGAGGUAUUGACUCCACAUUGUGAAUGCGUUGAGAAAUCUGGUGGUAAAAUGCUUACCAAUGUUGGGGGAAUUGUUUCGGAGGCUGCUAAUUGGUUACGAUGUAGUGAGGAAAAUAAGAUGAAGGAUGUGUUAGUUGCUGAGGAGGAUCGAUUGGGUAUGGACAUGAAUGGUAUUUUUUCUGGUGCUACCGGGAUUGAUGAUAUUAGAGUAAGGAACUCAGAGAGUGGUGAAAUUGGAUUUUAUAGCAGAGAAGAUGAAAGUAUUGAAGAUUUGAUUUUGGAAGAUUUGAUGCUAAUUAGUGGGUCUGAGGAUGAUUUGAAUGCUGAUCCAGCUCCUGAAAGUCUCCAUGAGAAAAAGCCAAUUUGUGAUGAUAAGAAAUAUCAAGUGAGGCCCAGGAGAUAUAGCAUGAAAGAGAAAGGGAAGGCGAAGUUGGUUUCCAAAGAACUCACGGUAGCUGAUGGAGAACAAGUUGCUGAACAAGUUACUGCACAAGAAGUAGAAUUCACCGAUGUAAGUGGUCCGAGGAAACAAAAAACUGAAAGCAGCCAAAGAAAUUCCAGGUCCAGGAGAGAGGCCGCAAGAAAUACUGCUAUAGAGCUUGCUCCUCAGUUUGCAUUUUUUAAAGCAGAAGAAGAAAUAACUGAUGAUGAAGUCGAAGCUGAUGAUUUAAUUCUUGAUGCAAAUGAAGAGGAUUGGCCUGGGCCUUUCUCUACUGCCAUGAAGAUCAUUGCAGAGCGAGAAUCAAUUUUAAGUGCUCGUAGCUUGAACUAUUCUUCACUAAAUAAUGGAGAAGCGGAAGUGAAAAUUCCGUGGACGCCUUCCAAUGCACAGAGGCAUAAGACCGUGGGAAAGUUAGCCCCCCAAUUGAAAGACUUAUGCUUGAAAGUUCUUUGUGAGAAUGCGGAAGAGGUUGAAUCACUCGAAGGUCUGCCUGAUGUUAUCAAGCAUAACAUUGCAAUGUUGUUAUGCCAUUCAAGGAGGAUGUCUUUUCGUCUCCUUGGUCUUCUUACUAAGGGUUCUCCCUUUGAGAUAUACUUGAGUGAUUGUUCAUGGGCGACAGAUAAGCAGUUUGAGGAGGUUUUUUCUCAAUGCAAUAUUGAUAAUUUGAAGGUGUUGCAGCUGGACUUCUGUGGUCGUUGCUUGCCUGAUUAUGUAUUGCAUUCUACAUUUGCUAAGGCUCCAAACUGUUUGCCUUCGCUUAAUAGACUGUCUUUAAAGGGGGCUUAUUGUCUAUCGGAUGAUGGCUUAAAUGCGAUUGUUGCUUCAGCUCCACUUUUAAGGUCUUUAAACUUGAGUCAAUGUUCUCUUAUUACAUCUAAGGGAAUCCUUGCAGUAGCUGAAAAGUUGGAAUCAGGUUUGCAAGAACUUUAUAUAGAUGUUUGCCACAAUGUAGAUGCGAUGUUGAUUUUGCCAGCUCUGAAGAAGCUGACGUGUUUGGAAGUUUUGUCUAUAGCUCAUAUGGAAACAGUGACUGAUAAAUUUUUAAAGCAUCUGAUUCCUAUUUGUGGUUCAAAAAUGAGGGUACUUAUCAUUUCUGGCUGCCGUAAAUUGACUAAUGCCUCAAUGAAAGUGAUUGGUGAAAGCUGUCGUUCCCUUUCUUAUCUUGAUAUCCGGCACUUGGAUCGACUAAAUGAUUCUGCGAUACAGCAUCUUGUCAAUGGUGGUUGUCAAUUUCAAACGCUGAAGCUUUGUCUUGGUGCAUUCAGUGAUGCAGCUUUAGCUGCCUUCCUGGAAGCAUCGGGUGCCACGUUGGUUGAGCUUGUACUCAACAAUAUUGAAAAGGCUGCAGGAAAUACUGCUUUAGCUAUUUCUCGCAGAUGUUCUCUAUCACUGAGAAGCCUGGACCUUUCCUUCUGCCGCAGGAUGACUGAUGAGGCUCUUGGAUUGAUUGUUGAUAGUUGCCUGAACUUGGAAGUUCUAAAACUAUUUGGAUGCCCCCAGGUUACCGAUGUUUUCUUGGAAGGGCACUCGAAUUCUCUUGUGAAGAUAAUUGGUUUGAAAGGUUCGAUCUUAAAGGAAAUAGAGAUGCCUAAUUUCAGUUAAAAUUCUUUUGAAACAUAAUUUAGCGGUUUACAUGGAGUAUUAUCUGGUUAAUUUCGUUUGGACGUUUGAUACUAUCAUUUGUCUCCCCAGUAGAAUUUUUGUGGCAAUGUUUCUUUUUUUCGAGAACUUUGUUUAAAAUAUAUAUAUAU